CAGGAGCCCCGGUGUCAGCCGCCAGGUAAGUGCACUGGAGGACUUCUGGUGAGGGUUUGAUCCAUGUACUGGAGGAUCUGAGAACCUGGGACUUUCCAUGGUCAUGUGCAAAGCGGUGGCUCCGGAUCUCCUAUUGUGCCGUGGAUGAUUUCCAGCUUCUCCAUUUCUCAUAAAGGCUCCUGCGGCACUAGGAACCUCCACUUCAUCCCGAUUUCUCAUCUUCUCCUGAAUGACCUACCAAAGAUGGACAAGGACAGGAAGGAGAUCACCAGAAGAAUAUUAGACUUCACCUUGGAGAUCAUCUCCCUAUUGAGAGGAGAGGAUUACAUAAUACUGAAGAUGACAUCCGAAGACUGUUUUACUCCCAUCAUCCAUGACUCAGGAGGGUGGAUCCAGGGCCCCAUCUCAGAGCCUCACCCCCUGAUACCGGAGCAGAAGAUCCUAGAAUUUACCCACAAGAUGAUUGAGCUGCUGACUGGAGAGGUUCCUAUAAGGUGUCAGGAUGUCGCUGUCUAUUUCUCCAUGGAGGAGUGGGAGUAUGUAGAAGGACAUCAGAAUCAGUACAUGGAUCUCAUGAUGGAGGACCACCAGCCUCUCCCAUCACCAGCCAGAUCCCGAAAGGGAAGAACUGGAGAUGAAAGUCCCAAUCCUCUACUGCAGGAUCAUCAGGGUCAAGAUCUGAGCAUGAUUAAUUGUACGGUAAAAGAAGAGCCCUAUGUGCUGCAUGAUGAGCGACAGGAGGACGUUCCUGCAGAGAUGGAAGAGUGGAAGGAGGACAUCCCUGCAGAUAACCCCCCAGAUGGCUGUUCCAGGAGCUCAGGAGGACAUCUGAUAGAAGAUGGUUGUGGUGAAGAGCCUGCUAUCAUCCCAGAUAUAUCCUCAGCCUGUCACAGCAAAGAUCUAACAUCUGCACCUUUUAAACCGGACCCACUGUUGGAUCUACCACAGACGGUUAAGCAAAAUAGUCACAAAAAUGGAAUUGAAAAUCAAAGCGCUUGCACAGAAGAGAAUCCAUUUUCAUGUUCACUAUGUGGGAAGUAUUUUACUGAUGAAUCAAAUCUUGUUGCACAUGAGCGAGGUCACUCAGGGGAGAAGCCAUUUUCUUGUCCUGAAUGUGGGAAAUGCUUCAUAAAAAAAUCUAAUCUUAUUACACAUAAGAGAAUUCACACAGGAGAGAAGCCACAUUCAUGUUCAGAGUGUGGAAAAUGUUUUAUUAAAAAAUCCAACCUUAUUACACAUGAGACAGUUCACACAGGUGAGAAGCCAUUUCCAUGUUUAGAAUGUGGCAAAUGUUUUAAACAAAGAUCAGAUCUUGUCAGACAUCAGCGAAUUCACUCCGGGGAGAAGCCAUUUUCAUGCUCAGAAUGCGGGAAGUGUUACAGCAUUAAAUCAAAUCUUGUUGAACAUCAAAGAGUUCACACAGGUGAGAAGCCGUUUUCAUGUUCAGAAUGUGGGAGAUGUUUCAGCCAGAAAUCGGGGCUAGUCAAACAUCAGAGCGUUCACUCGGGGGCAAAACCAUUUUCAUGCUCAGAAUGUGGAAGAUGUUUUAACCAUAAAUCAGCUCUCGUUAGACAUCUGAGAAUUCACACAGGAGACAAACCGUAUUCAUGCCCUGAAUGUGGGAAAUGUUUUCCUCAAAAAUCUAAUCUUGUGGAACAUCUAAGAAGCCACACAGGAGAGAAGCCAUUUUCGUGUUCAGAAUGUGGGAAAAGUUUUACAACUCAGUCAAAUCUUGUUAAACAUCAGAAAAUUCACUCAGGAGAGAAGCCAUUUUGAUUUCCGAUUGAAGAAAUGUAGCAUAUGUUUAGCUCCAUGUAGGUCCUGCUGUGUCAGGAUAUCUUCUGAAGCCUGGCUACAAUACAGAAGUCCAUUACUGCCUAAUGAAUGGCAGCACAGUGGAUCAGUGGUUAGCACUGGUGCCUUGCAGCGCUCCUAGGUUCAAAUG